CUCUCAGCUCGGUUUCGACACGCGAUGCCGAGAGAUCGUGACCCUCUAGUCGUCGGGAGAGUGAUCGGCGACGUCAUCGACUCGUUCUCGAGGUCCAUCUCGAUUAGGGUUGUUUACAACUCGAGGGAAGUUAAGAAUGGCUGUGAGCUCAAACCCUGUCAAGCUAUCAACAAGCCAAGAGUUGAGAUUGGUGGCACUGACCUUCGCACCUUCUUCACUUUGGUUAUGGUGGAUCCCGACGCUCCUAGCCCUAGCGAUCCCAAUCUAAGAGAAUACUUGCAUUGGUUAGUGACCGAUAUUCCAGCUACAACCGAGGCAACCUUUGGACAAGAGAUAGUGUGCUACGAGAAUCCAAGACCAACGGCGGGUAUCCACCGUUUUGUGCUGGUCUUGUUCCGGCAGCUCGGAAGGCAAACGGUGUACGCUCCUGGGUGGCGCCAGAACUUCAACACCAGACACUUUGCAGAGCUUUACAAUCUUGGUUCGCCGGUCGCCGCCGUUUACUUCAAUUGCCAAAGGGAAAAUGGCUCCGGUGGAAGGAGAAGAGCCGGCGAUGAAUGUUCAUAAAACCACUUCACUUCACAUUAAAUUAUCAAACAAUAUUAUAUUGUAAUAACAAACUUUCAUGUUUGUGUCUAAUAAUUAGUGGUUAUAAUCAAAAGGGUUUUUAA